AUCACGUCAACAGUCAACCAUAACGCGGAAGUAAUAGCGAAAUAUCAGAGUCAAUUUAGCAAUGGUUAAGAGCGCCUUUCAUAUUGUUAACCUCCUUUGGGUUAUGAGUUUACUGACUGCUUGCCACGCAGGUACGAAUGCACGCUAUAAUUUUAAGGCAGCACAUAACGUUCAAGGCAUAAAUCCACGAAUUGUCGGCGGCCAAGUAGCGGAUAUCGCCAAAUAUCCACAUCAGAUUAGUUUACGUGAAAGAGAUCUGAAUGUGAGGGACGAACCAUACCAACAUUUGUGCGGCGGCAGUAUCUAUUCGGCGCGCAUCAUCAUCACAGCUUCGCACUGCGUAAACGGCACCGAGGAAAGUCAACUCGUCGUCGUGGCGGGCGCAAAUCAACGUGCAGGCGCCGAUGGCGUUAUUACACCCGUCCAAGAGAUAAUUAUGCAUGAAGAAUAUGAUGACAGCGAUGGUAAAAAUGAUAUUGCUUUGCUGGUGCUUACCACCGCAUUGCCAAUCAAUAAUUUCACCAUUAAGCCAGUGCAAUUGACGAGUGCACAACCACAAGAAGGCGAAAUGGCCACAGUAACUGGUUGGGGUUUGAAUGGUCAACACGAACUGGCCGAUUUAUUGCAUGUGGUUACAGUGCCAAUUGUGAGUAAUACAAUUUGUAGUGAACGUUAUGGGGGCAGCAUAACUGAUGAUAUGUUGUGCGCGGGCUUGUUGGAUGUUGGCGGUAAGGAUGCCUGUCAAAUGGACUCAGGCGGCCCGCUGUUGGUGCAUGGUAAAUUGGCUGGUGUGGUGUCAUGGGGUUACGGCUGUGCGGAGCCUAAAUUUCCGGGCGUUUAUGCUAAUGUUCGGUAUUUCUUGCCGUGGCUGAGCGAAAGGAUUACCAAGGUCGAAGCGAAACUUAAGGAAGAACAUUAAUAAAUCUGUGCGUAAGCUGAGAGACGAGUGUGUUUG